UCUUGCUUGUGAAAACAUCUCCACCGUUUAUUCUCUCGGCCUCUCUCUCGUCUCCAACAUUUUUAUCAUCCUCCUCUUUCCAGACUCGAGAGAAAGCAAAAUAAAAUAACAAAACAAAUAAAAAAUAAAAAACCUGAAAGCUGUGAAAGGAGAGAACAUGAACUCCUAAAAUCAACAAAAUCAGAAAUUGGAUAAACAAAUUGUAAACAGAAUUUGCAGCUUCUAUUUGGUUGAUGCUCGAGAUUAACAGGAUUCAUUUUAAAUAUUCGUCAUCCAGAUCACUUUCAAAGAUGGAUUCCUCACAAAAUGCAACAGUGGGGAGUGGUGGUAAUGGAAUGUUGCCUUCUCAAGUGAAUGAUACUGCAGCAGCAGCAGCAGCAGAUGAUCCAAAGCAGAAUCUGAACAAUGUCAUUAACUCCAUACAGAAGACGCUUGGCCUCCUCCACCAACUUUACCUAACUGUCUCUUCCUUCAACACUGCAUCUCAGCUUCCUCUCCUCCAACGCCUCAAUGGACUCGUUUUGGAGCUAGACAAGAUGGCUAAAUUGUCUGAGAAGUGCAACAUUCAAGUUCCUCUGGAGGUCCUCAACUUGAUUGAUGAUGGGAAGAAUCCAGAUGAAUUCACACGGGAUGUUAUAAACAGUUGCAUUGCCAAAAAUCAGGUCACCAAAGGAAAAACUGAUGCCUUCAAGGGUUUACGUAAGCAUCUGCUGGAGGAACUUGAGCAGGCUUUUCCAGAUGAAGUUGAAUCAUAUAGGGAGAUAAGGGCAAUUUCUGCUGCUGAAUCAAAACGUCUUGCUCAAGCACAGAGUUCCUUGCCCAAUGGAGAUGUGAAGGUUAAGAGUGAGCUUUAAGAGUCCCACCAUAGAUUACCUGACUGGGAUUCUUGCUUUCCAUGAAUCAUUGGUAUCUAGGGAAGGCGUGGAAUGCAGACUUGCAGAGCUAGGAAGUUAUAAAUUGGAGUAGGCUCAUCAUUAUGGGAAGUUUCAUGAUUGCAUCAAACUUAUUGUAUGAAAAGAAAAUGGUAAUGUCUUGUAACAUUAAAUGGAGAGAGAGUUGCUGUGAUUGGACUUCUUUUGAUGUAAGCUAUUAGACAUGUUCAUUUGAAGGGAUGGUUCCCUUGACCGGGUAUCAGGCCCUGGUUCAUAUAAAAACAAUUUGAAUUCAAAGUCUACCAAUCAGAAGAUUUAAUUGAA